UCCAAAAUAAAAUAAAUAGAAUAUUAAUAAACUCCUUAAAAAUCUACACAUUUAGAUUAUUACCUAGGUAUGAAGGCUUUUUAAGGAAGAAGUUCUUGCUAAUGGUAGGUUCCAAUAACUGGUGUUCUUUUAUCAACCAUAAAAAGCCUUGAGUUAAAUACACUCCAUAUAAAAUGUUUUUAUAGGGAUAAAUAGAUUUCCAGUAUAAUAUGAAAAUAUUCUGGGAUCUACUUCCACAGUUACUAAAAUAUUAAGUUUAGAAAUUACUGGAUGAGUAUACAGAAACUGUUAUUUCCAUUUUAUUCUUGGUUUUCCUAAUACAUGAUGGGACUAGUACUUCCCUGACCUAUCCACAGAAGCUUGCAAAUAAUUUAGAGCUCAGUUGUUUUGUUUGAAUAUAUGUAUAAAUUGAGAUAUCUUAUACUAUUUAUUUUUACCAGUAAUGCAUUUGGCAGAAUAACUGGAAGAGUGUAAUUCUCCAAUAAAUAGUUUAAAAAGGUAAUCAUAAGAUAUGACUUGCAUUUGGAUUUGAUAAUUAUUCAGAGGUGGCUGUCUUGCUAUUUUUCCAGAAUGCUUCUGGUUUUAAUGAUUUGAACAUGUGAGUCCUUUGAGGACAGUAGAAGUGGCAGAUUCUCCCUUGUCCCUGUCCUGCCACCCUGCUCUGCCGCCGCUGCCUCCUCACACAAACUAUACUGAACUUACUGCUCUGAAAAUUUCUGUUGAACGGUUAAUUGAAUGAGUGAAUAAAUGAAUCUUUUAGAUGUGCCUAUAGAAGUCAUAACAUUUAGUAAUAAAGUGGGGGCAGGGGAACCUUGUUAAAAUGUAUUUUUAUAAUGAUAGCGGAAAAAGUUUGAAAUUGCACAUGGGUCUUUUAAAAUGCAGCAGAACAGGUAUCAGACCACCCCAAAGAAUUCUUGGGUGAAGUGAGAAGCUGGCAGUUCCCAGUUGACUACAGACAGCUGCAUCCUGGCAGCUGAUUGCUCCAGAGUUGCGGGCCUCACAAGCUCGCACUGGGUGGGAGCUAUGCUGGAGGCUGGAGCUUGCCUGUAGAACUUGCUAGCUGGAGCCAAAGCCCACUUCCUCUCUUGUGGGAGCCCUGAAAAUGAGUAAGAAUGGGUUUGGGAGCUAUGGCAACAUCUCUGCCCCAGGUGAAGCCAGUGGAAGCAGUGACCCACUGUCUCAGGGCAGGGUAGCUCUUGCUACUAAGUCCGCGGGAUCCAGGGCCCAAAUCCAGGCUAUUGUUCCUUGUGUAAACCAACUGCUCACCUCCACUCUGGUUGAUAACGUCUUCAAGAAUAGAGGAAUCAAGAUUUCCCAAGUUUCUGUCGUGGGAAUAAUCAGGCAGGCAGAGAAGACUGCAAGUUACUAGAAGAUUGAUGAUAUGACCACCUUACCUAUCGAGGUCUGCCAGUGGGUCGGCAGAGAUAAAGCAAAGCAGGAGGCGACUCUGCUUCCAGUGGGAGCAUAUGCCAAAGUGUUGGGUAUCCUCGAAUGUUCUGUGGAGAUGAAGAGCCUUGAGAUGUUGAAAAUCCGUGUCCUCGAGGACAUGAAUGAGUACAGCACACAUAUUCUAGAAACGGUCAAGGUACACAUGAUGCUGGAUAACGCCUGCCAAGUGGCCCCUGGGCAAAGUGGCCCGGUUGAUCCAUCAGAAAUGGGUGAGGCCCAGAAGCACAGCGAGCAUCACCCCAGUUUUGUCCAGAACGAGGUGCUGCGUUUGACUCAUGAGUGUCCUCAAUAGGAAGGCAAGAGCAUUCAUGAGCUCCAGACCGAGCUUUGUGACCUGAGCAUCCAGACCGUCAAGCAAGCGGUUGAUUAUCUGACCGUGGAGGGCCACAUCUACCCCACUGUGGAUGAGGAGCAUUUAAAAUCUGCUGAUUGAAGCACCAAAAACUUUUUUUCCAUUUUCUGAAGACCCUGCCUCCUGUUGUGACUGAGUUUGUUUGACUUUUAGGAAGUAGAUUUUUUUCAACAAAAGAUUGGAAUUGGCAUCCUUUGGAAUCCCACUGCUUUUCCAGCUGCUUUGAACUUAACUGUUUUUCUAACUAUAUUUGAAGCUUAGAAGGAGAUGAUGAUGAAUAAGUUUACUGGCCUUUUUGUAGGAUUUACCAAUGAGCAGAUGAAAACUCUCCUGGAUGGAUGAAUUUGGGGAAGCAAAGGUACAGAAAUGGUUGAAAAUUAUUAUUUUCUUGCAUGGAAACUUCUUUUUCCGAAAUAUCUACGUAUUAGGAGAAAAUAGAUGCAGUCAAGAAGCCGGUUAAGAGACAGAAAAAGUGUUUUCACAUAGACUCAUUUUCAAUGUUUUGAUUUAUCAUCUUAUAUUCAUACUGUUGUGUUAUGCUAAAUAUAGUAGUUGAUUAAUUCAGAUGAGCUAAAGAAAUUAGUUUAUGAUUUCAGGUACCCAGUUCGUGUUCAUGUAGUAAUCUGCUCUUAUUGCCAUAAGUUUAUGUUUUUUAAAAGAUAAAAUUAUACUACAUUUAAAUGACAGGGUCAGCUUUGACUUGUUUUCUUAAAGUAUAAUUGUUUUGAAUUCAGUGUGGUGAUAUUUUUUAUAAAUUACAACCUCUUGUAGUUGCAUAGUAC